AUGCUUGAUAGUCGUCGAGCAGAGAUCUCUACUUAUUCCCCGUCAUCAGCCACUAGCGCUAUUCUUAGAUCAGACAGUCCUUAUCGCUCGAGAAAUGGCAGCUCGAUGUCACAAACGGCAAUCUCAGUCACGUCAGGCCGUUGCGUGCUACUUGAAGUGGGGAGCAGUAGGAUCGAAACAACGGCGAAAAAGGCUCUUCACACCGCCGACUGGGUAGUCAAUCACGCAAAAUUAACGUUGAAGCAAAAAGAACAUGAAAGCGUUGAAGAUCCUGAAGUGAAGGUUUCUCAUCGGAGGUACGUGCGCAAGCAGUCUCGUCCAAAGAAAAGUGAACCGCAACUCGGCGGCACGCCCGGCGUUGUGUUUACCAUGAAUCUGCCAAAAAGCAGCACAGUUACUGUUUGUACAGAUGCUGAGGACACUUGUAUAUUAGAAGCUGGAUUGAUGUGCCAUCAGUGUGUAGCGGUAGUGAGGGAUGAGUGCGCACAAGCCACGAGGCCGCGGAACAGGAACAGAUAUGACAGCGAAAGCACCAGCUCGCUCCGAGCUCUAGAAAGCAAUGGAUCUAUGACAAUAUGGGGUGCGUUAGAAGAAAUCAACUCAAAGCAAUACAUUUGUGGUAUCAGAAGAGGGACGAGAGAUCGUAAAUUAACAGAGAAGGACGACAUCUUCGAAUCACCAAAGAAAUGUAAAAGAUACAAGUCGCUUAUUGGUCGCCAAAGUGGCGGCUCAUCAAUCAUUGGCGACGGAACCACGAGUACUGUCCGUAAGCAGUGCGCUUCGUGCUCGACUUCCAAUACGCCCAUGUGGCGUGAUUCGCCCGACGGCGUCCCAUACUGCAAUGCAUGCGGUAUCCGAUACAAAAAAUAUGGAGUACGCUGUGGAUCUUGCAAGUACAUUCCGCGCAAGGAAGAGAAAUCCCUCCAUUCAUGCCCGAGGACAGGGUGCAAUGAUCAUUUAAGAACGUUAUCUAAAGCGACGUUAUAUGAAGCGAAGUGA